UUGAAUUGGUAAAAUAUUAAAAUCGAUAUUAAUUAAAAUGAUAAAACUCAUGAAUCCCUCUAGUGGAGAGUUGAGAGCGCCGGGACGUCGUCGAUUAGCGCUGGUGACCCCCCUAACCCCCGAGGUCGCUCAUGCAUGCAGUCACAUGACAUCUACCAUUAUGUGGAGGAUUGUCGCUCGAGGAAAGUCAAGUUACAAGAUUUCUAUGAAUUUAACUUCAUUUUCGCAAUGGAUAGUUCGAACAUGGGGAACUUGAAAGAGCUUUGUCCCACUGAUUCAACUUCUAAACUCCUGAUGCUUGGUAGUUAUGAUAACGAUCCAUCAUCUAAUGGUGUUAUAGAUGAUCCUUAUGGGAGUCCAAACCCUGAUGAAUACGAACGAGUUUACGAUCAAUGUAGUCGAGCGUGCUGUCGUUUCAUGGACUCCUUGCGUCCAUAGGAAUAAUCUAUGCUAGGAAAUGCACACCAAGGAUUAUACAUUACAUAAAUACCAAUUGUAGACGUAAUUCCAAAACAUGCACAGGAAUAAUUGUUUAUUUGAAAUGAAAUAAAAGGCUUUGAUUGUUUAAA